AUGGAUCCAUCCGAGAAGCCCUGUAGUAACCUGGACAUAUGGUGUGACUGGACAGGCGAGCCGAAUGACCCUGUCGAGGUCGUCGUCUCCGUCGAGGUCUGGUGUACCCCCAACAUCAACUUAGCUGUUCUGAAUAUCCGCUCAUUUCACAAUCUGCACAUUGUGGAAUACGGUAUCAGCCUGAGAAAACCUAGUUCCGAAAAAGUCGAGUCCAUAUUGGGAGGUCUACGCACACGAGACUCACCCGUUGAGAUUCACGAAGUGGGAGAAUCCUCAACACUGACCAGAGAAGGCGACACCGAGGAUGAUGAAGAUUCACCUUACGAAUGCACACCAUUCAGCUACUCAGAAGAGGACUGCACUGUUGUUCAAACAGGCCAGGGUGGAGUCUCGGUCCAAUCCGACCCUUUUUACUCUAGCGCUGCAAUCAGCCUCUUAUUCGAAGACGACGAAACGCCCAUGCCCAGUCCGAACCCGCGAAAGAGAAAUGCAAGGGCAGCUUCACUUCCUGACUCAGUCACUGAUUCGGAACGAUCAUACGGUGGUUCGAGCUUGAAACACAAGGCUCUAGCAGGCAACCGGUCUGAUGCAUCGACAUUUAAACACUCAAAAAAACAGAGCCUCAUUCCAAGACCUGUGGGUUCUCCCGGUCAGACUGUCUGGGAGAGCAAUCUGAAUAUCAAGGUCCCGCCGCUGGACUAUAGGUCUACUCUGGCUGAGGGGUAUCGGCAGCUGGAGGCCAGUUUUCCGUCGCCUGCGAACAAAGAGAAUGAUUCCGGACCUAAGAGAACGUUGCCUGGGAUGGAACGGUCGAAUGCGCCGUCUCCUGAGACACUAAUGAGUACUACCGGGGUGAAGAGCGUGGAUGACAAGGAAAGUCAGCUUAUGCGCGAGUGUGGAAAUCUUUCUGCGGAUGCGAGGCACAGAAGUCCUUGUGACAUGUCCAUGCCUUCAACUAGUCAAGCGAGUUCUCUUUCGUCGAAAACAGUGGGCUUGCGUAUAGACGCACCUUCGGACACUGCCAAUUCCCCCGGAGAACCUCAUCCACUUCACAUCUCCGACUCUCCCGGAGAUCUUCCACCACUGUUCACGACCGAUGUAUCUGGGGACAUACCUCCACUAAUUGAACCUGAUUUCUAUGGGGAUGAGAAUUACCUGUUCGACAUCCCCACACACCCCGAAUCUUCAGCAUCCUGUCAAACACCUAUUACCGGACCAGAAUUGGUCCUGACUAAUGGAGUCUUCCGUAUCCGAAGCACGGCUGGCCUCUGUCCCGCAGCCUACGAAGUGUCAAUUACGUUCCUAUUGCCUCUUCAAAGUGGAAGACCAAGAGGCUGGUGGGAACUCAUCGUCCCAGGAUUGCCAAGGUUGGCACGGAAUGAACACGGCUAUGUCUACUUCCGCACACCUCCAGGCCAGGGAAUGGAGUUCCGGACUACUUAUUUCAAGCGAUACAAUCUUGUGGAGAGCUGUUUGAUGGCCCAAUUUUCGAUCCCUUCAAAACUCGUCAUCUCCCUUCGACCCUGCGAGUCUCGAUUUUACGGCUUUCUUAAGGACUUCAAAGUCACACAAGCUAUCCGUGCCGAAGUCGUGAAUUGCGAAGGAAAUGACACGGUCCUCGAUGUUGUCGAAUACCGCGCCAUAUGCUCGAUUGACCUACUCCAGCGCGACUUCUGGGCCAAGAAAUGCGGAUUCUACAUUUGGAUCUGCGGCGGACCCGAGGGUAAAUGGGUCACUGUUCUGCCCGAUGAUGGACGGCGAUUUGAAACAAUCAAGUUGGACUCCAAGACACCCGACGUCAUCGGAGUUUCUGAACUUCAGGUCAUUUGCAACCCCUCUCAUCUGGGUAUGUUCGUCCUGGCGUGGGCAGUCAAAGUCCCGCAUGGAAGAAAUAAAAUUUGGAUGCCACUCAUCAGAGCAAUUCGCGAUAAGGCGGAUAUCGAGGCGGCGCUGCAAGCCGAAUUUGAGGCCGCCGAGUCUCCGAGGACGCCUGAUAUGGUACGCACUGGUCCCAUUGAUGAUGAGCUCCAAGAUCCACGGCGCACGGGCACUUUCUGGAAGAUGUUCCGAUCGAUCUGCUAUGGUCUGGUCAUCUUGUUCCUACUUACUCGUCUUGCCGCGCGUCUUCAUGAGAUGAAGAUUGUCACCCAGGCUACACAGACAAGUAUUGACGCUGAAUUUGAGCCCGACAAUUCUCAUGCGGCACCACUGCAGGAGCCAGUGCCAGAAUUCCUGGCGUUGCUGGAGGCCAACGUCCCUACUCUCAUGCCUCUGCGAGAUCGCAUCGACUACCUUCUGGGUUGGAAAGGACCUCUUUCAAAGGCCAAAGUCUAG